AUCUAGAGUGAUAUAUAGAGAGUACUAUUUUACCUUGCUAUAUAGUAACAUUUAUAUGAUGCUGGGUCGUAGUAAAAGUCGUGUAGUAGAUGUUGCUGAAGAAGAUGAAUUGUCUACGAACAUCAACAUCGCAGAAGUAGGAGGGUUAACCAAAGAGAACAAAGAGGAGGAUUCAAGAGUUAAUAAGUCUCCUCCAAAGGUUCUACUCUUAUUAAGCUGCACAUUUAUGUCGUUAGGAUGGAUCGGAGGACCUUUACUAACAAGACUAUACUUCUUACAUGGUGGUAAUGGAAUAUGGUUAUCUAGUUGGUUACAGAUGGCUGGGUUUCCUAUACUAAUAGUUCCGCUCGUAAUCCUAUACUUUAGACGCGACCGGAGUCAACCUAACGUUGAUUUCUUUGUUUGUCGAAAGCUUUUGCUCUAUGCUGCUCUAUUAGGCUUAUUUCAAGGAAUAGCCAGUUAUAUGUAUAGUUAUGGUUUGUCAUUCCUUCCUGUAUCCACUUCAUCCCUCCUUUUCACAACCCAACUUGUUUCCACUUCUUUUGUUUCAUACUUUUGGGUUAAGCAAAAGUUUACUCCAUACUCGAUUAAUGCGGUCGUAGUAAUAAUAAUGGGUUGUAUACUUCUUGGUAUACGAGGGAUCAGUGAUCACCCGCCUGGUGUUACGAAAUCUCAGUAUUUGCGGGGUUUCUUUAUAAGUAUAGCUUCUGCUUCAAGUGUUGGGCUCAUCUUAGUGAGCACCCAAGUUGCUUAUGCUAAAGCCAAUCAAGUCAUGACUUAUCCUAUUGUGUUGCAAUUUCAAUUUUGUUUUUCGUUCUUUGCAACAGUAAGUUGCACAGUUGGGGGUCUCAUAAGCAAGGAUUUCCUGGAAAUACAGAAAGAAGCAAGUGAAUAUGACUUGGGAGCGAAAAAGUAUUACCUCGUGUUAGUUUCAAUGGCAGUAGUUUGGCAGUUACAGUUUAUCGGAAGAGCCGGGGUCAUAUUUUGCACCUCCUCCCUCUUUGCGGGAGUUGUGGGUGCGACUAUUCUUCCUUUCUCGCAGAUUGCUGCGGUAAUAACGUUUCACGAGAGUUUCACAGCAGAGAAAGGGAUGGCAUUGGCUUUAACACUUUGGGGCUUCACUUCUUAUUUCUACGGUUCGUACAUGAACAAGACCAAAGCAAGAAUAACGUCAAUAACUCCAUGAGACAAAGGAACACUUGUGGUGGCAUAUAUCUAAAAUUUGGUUAAUUCUUCAACCUACUCCUGUAAAAAAA